AUGGGUUCUCACGCAGAGGCCCCCGAGCUGGCCCUCGCCAUUCCCACGCCGGACGAGCGCACGGCGACGUGGACGGCCACGCACCCCCACUGGGGCGCCGCCCUCGACCUAGACGUCUACCACCGCCGCGAGCACUUCCUGACGACGGUGCCGCAGUCGCGCAACGGCGGCAUCACGCACUGGAUCCUCACAGACCCCUCGGCCGCCCCCGGCGCCCGCCCCGUGCUCUCAUCCUGCGAGUCCAUCCGCAAGCGCUGCCUCGUCGCGAGCCCCGACGGCACCGUCCGCGAGGGCGUCACCCACGGUAUCACCUCCGUCUUCACCGAGCCCCGCUACCGCGGCCACGGCUACGCCUCCAAGAUGAUGAAGCUGCUGGGCCCCCACCUCGCCACCUGGCAGGGCCGCGCCCUCGGCCCACCGGACUCCUUUCUCGCCCUCGGCCGCCUCCGGCCGCGGGCUGCGUCGGAGCCCUCAACGCGAGGUCGCCUUCUCCAUCCUCUUCUCCGACAUUGGCAAGACCUUUUACGCCAAGAGCGGCUGGCCCGCCUACGAGUCGGCCCACCUGUCCUUCCCGCCAGCCGCGUCGGCUUCUCCAGACACCGAGACGAAGCCGUCGCCCUCGCCGUGCUCUGCUCCCUCGACGAGCAGCUGCUGCGCGCGCAGCUGGCGCGUCCCACCUCCGACAGCCGCACGCGCGUCGCCCUGAUCCCGGACCUCGACGCCACGCUCUGGCACCUGAUGCGCGAGGACUUUAUGACGACGCACAUCUUCGGCAAGACGCCGACCAUCCGCGGCGCCGUCUUCGGCGCGCCGGGGAACCGCGUCUGGGCCGUCUGGACGCGCGGCUACUACGGCGGCCUCAAGAAGCCCGAGGGCAACACGUUCCACAUUCUGCGCGUCUCCAUCGAGGACGAGGACGCGGCCGAUGAGGCGUACCUCGCCGAGGCCAUGAGCGCCAUCAUCGGGCUCGCGCGGGAAGAGGCCGCUGCGUGGAAGGUGAACAAUGUCGAGCUGUGGAACCCGACGGCGAAGCUGCGGGCUGCCAUUGACAGGGCGGGGUUGCCACAUGAGUUUGUCGACAGGCAGGACACGAGCAUCGCGUGUCUCAUGUGGUAUGGUCAUGGCGAGGUUGAUUGGGUUGCCAACGAGAAGUUUGGUUGGUGUUAG